AUGCAACAUCAAACAUCAUCAACAAAACAACCAGAAAACAAUUCACAUUCAUCAUCAUCACAAGAACCAAAUCAAAUCAUAUAUCCUGAAUCAGAACCAUCGAUCCAUUCACCUACCUUGACUCAAUCUUCGCUUCUUGAAACUUCUUCACCUAAUCAAUCUUCCAAAAAUACAUCAGAUCUUGAACCUAUACCAAAGAACAUUCCUACCAAUCAGUCUACUAUAUCUGAACAUUCGUCUUCGGAUUCUGAAGAUUGUGAAAACUCUUAUGAUACUAUUCAGUUAAUUGAUUUAUCCGAUUAUGCCGAUCAAUCUAUAUCAAAUUCAUCAGAUCGAACUACACAAUCUAACUCUGAAUCAAAAGAAAAACAUGACGUGAUUUCGGGUUCAGAACCUCAAAUCCGACUGAAUCCUAUUCCAAGACGUCCGAUUCGACAUCAUUCAGAACCGGUACCCACUUUAUCUGAUUACAGUCUAUCUGGAGAUGAGACUGAAAGACCUUUAGAUCAUGAUGACGAUGACAAUAAAUUCCCGGAGAUGACCAAUUCGGAAGAUGAUGAGAGAUGUUACAUGCCUGAUGAUCAUGAUCUUGCAGAGGAUGAAGAAGAUGCAGACGAAGAUGGAGACGAAGAUGAAGACGAAGAAGACGAAGACAACUGUCCCACGCCAGUCCACAACAGUGAAGUCUACUCACCUUCUCCACAAGGUUCAUCACCUCCUUUAUCGGAUUCAGGAAACAUAGCCUCACAUCAUCCUUCCACAAGUUAUUCACCAAUGUCAACCCCACUCAAAACACCUCGAUCAUCCCUCAGGAAUGUCAUGAUGUCACCUGACUCGGAUAUCAUUGAAGAUAGUCUGUUAUAUGAAGAAGAAUUUUCAUCUCCUACCCGACCUAAAUCUUCUCAGUCUCGUCGAGCAUCUGAACAACUCAUAGCUGAUGAAGAUCUUCAACAAGAACUCAAUCGACGUAACCUUCAACGAGCUCAUGCACUUUCCGGUCAAGAAACCAUCAAGCUUUAUGUGAUUUUCAAUGUCUUGGAGAUCGCAGAUAGGCUGUGUUGCUCCUUUGGUCAGGAUAUCCUUGACUCUCUCUUUUCUCCUUCGACAUUGGGCAGAAGAACCGAUGGAAGUCAACCUCGUAUGAAACCUAUGUUCUUGUUCAUCUUGGCGUUCAUCUUCACUGUUGCACACACUCUUGUGCUAUUUUAUCAACUUGUUUCCUUGAACGUUGCUAUCAACUCAUAUGAUCAUUCAUUAAUCACACUUUUGAUCUCGAAUCAAUUUGUGGAGAUCAAAGGUUCAGUUUUCAAAAAGUUUGAAAAAGAAAAUCUCUUUCAGAUGAGUUGUGCAGAUAUUGUUGAACGUUUCCAACUCACCCUGAUGUUACAUGUCAUUGCAUUUCGAAACUUGAUCGAAUUAUGGGAUUCAGCAUCUCCCACAUCUCAUGCCACUCCACCUUCACACGCCUAUAGUCUAACCUAUCAAUACUUACCAUCUUCCUUUAAUAUCUUUCCAUCUUUAUCAUUACUUCAAACGAUUUAUCUUCCACCUGUGAUUGUGAUCUUGAGUGAGGUGUUGGUAGAUUGGUUAAAACAUGCGUUUAUUACUAAAUUCAAUCAUAUCCGUCCGAAUGUUUAUGGUAGGUUUAUUGAUUUGUUGUGUAAAGAUUUGGUUAGUAAUGAAGAGGAUAGUCAUGGGUCUGCUACAAUGGGAAGUCGAAAGAUCAAACCGUUUGUAGAUCGAUCACCAGCAGUUUCACGUCGAUUAGGGUUUUCAGUUUUUCCAAUUUGCUGUCUUACCGUUCGAGUGAUUUUUCAAGCUUGGGAUAUGAUCUCAGAAUCUUCAGAUGAUGAACCGGUCACAUUUAAACCGAUUUCCACUUCAAUCCUCAAUCCUUCAAUCACACCAUUUUCAAUUCGUGGUCUUCAGCGAAACCUCAUCAAACUUUCGAUCCUUCCGAGUUUUCUAAAAACAUGGUUAACACCCACCAAUAAUACGCGCGAAGAUCCGAUCGAUCAACAAACUGAACAUGAUCCCAACUUUUCACCAUUUCAAAUGAAUUUAUUAAUCGGAUUAAGUAUCUUAACUGGGUUAAGUAUAUUACUUUUAUUAAAACUUUUCAUAGGGAUUUGGUUAAGGAUAUAUUCAGAAGAAAGGAUUAAAACGAUUUGUAAAAGGGAGAAUGAAGAUGUUAAGAAUGAUUUUAGAAGGAAACCGAUUGGGAUGAGUGAAGUUGAAUUAUUGAAAGAAAAAGAAGAGAAAAGGUUAAUUGAAUUAGAUGUUUUUGAUGUGCCUUCUCAUCAUCAACAGCAAAUUAAAAAAGUGGAAGGAGCAGUAAAAGAAGUUCAGCUGGAAGGAACUCAUCAAGUUAAAGAGAAAGAAGUAGAUGGGAAAGAUGGGAAUGAGAUGGGUGGUAAAAGUAAAAAAGUUCAGAUUCCUUUAGAAGAACUUGGUAGGUUUGAUAUGAGAUCGAAUUUGAAUUCACCAGAACCAAUUCCAAUCCAAUCCAACUUGCUACUCGUCAACUUCAAAAACCACCAAACCAACCAAAUCAGAAUGGCAUCCACCAUCUUACCAUUAGAACUUAUUGAUCGUUGUAUUGGUUCCAGGAUAUGGGUAGUGAUGAAAACUGGACGUGAAUUUACUGGAAAACUCCUAGGGUUUGAUGAUUACGUUAAUAUGGUACUUGAAGAUGUAACUGAAUAUGAAACUACAGCUGAAGGUCAUAAGAUUACUAAUUUAAAACAAACUCUAUUAAAUGGAAAUCAAAUCUGUAUGUUGGUUCCAGGUGGAAAUGGACCGGAGUGA